UUCUUUACUACUUCGAGUUUUCUCCCCAUCGACAUAACACCAAACCUUUUUUCUUUUUAUUAUUAUUAUUAUUAUUUUCAUUUUCAAAUUCAAGUGUAAUGUAUAUAUAACUCCUUCCUCGUAUGAUACGGCAUCCAGUUCCACCGCCGCAUGCUACCACCCUGUCUGCUGCCGGAACUCACCUUUCCUUCCUCCUACACGUUCUGUUAAGGAUAUUUUUGUUCGGGGAUUUGAAUAUGAGAGGGAGGCAGAGGGAACAAAACCACACCCCGUAUAAACGUGCUUCUUCCAGAGAUCGUUUGAACGCCCAGGAUAAAGAAGAUGGUUUAGGAGGAAACCCAGGUCAUGUGCAAAUUGAUAUUGGAAAAGGAUCUGGAAAUCCCCCUUGGAUUCGUUCAUUGCCACAUGUCAUCGUGGCAGCUCUUUCUUCGUUCUUAUUUGGCUAUCAUCUAGGGGUGGUUAAUGACACACUAGAAACCAUUUCUGUGGACCUCAACUUUCAUGGGGAUACAAUGGCUGAAGGUUUGGUGGUAAGUACAUGUUUAGGAGGCGCUUUUCUUGGGUCUACAGUCAGUGGCUGGAUCGCUGAUGGGAUUGGACGUCGGCGGUCAUUCCAGUUGUGUGCCAUACCACUAAUUAUUGGUGCUUCUUUGAGUGCCACGGCAGAUGGUCUUGGAUCUAUGCUAUUUGGAAGGUUUCUUGUUGGAGCCGCAAUGGGUGUUAGCCCUCCUGUUGCAGCUCUGUACAUUACGGAGGUUUCGCCAGCUUUUGUACGAGGCACUUAUGGGAGCUUUACUCAGAUUGCAACAUGUCUUGGACUAAUAGCUUCAUUCUUCAUUGGGAUCCCGGCAAAGGAUGUCCCUCGUUGGUGGCGUGUAUGCUUUUGGGUAUCUACUGUCCCAGCAGCAUUGCUUGCUCUUCUGAUGGAGUUUUGUGCUGAAAGUCCUCAUUGGCUGUUGAAGAGAGGAAGAAGUGCUGAAGCUGAAGCAGAGUUUGCGAAGCUUCUAGGAGCAUUACACGUAAAAGCUUCUAUGUCAGAAUUAUCGAAGACAGACAGAGGGGAUGAGGUAGAUGGAGUAAAGCUAUCUGAGCUGUUCUAUGGACGGCAUUUCAGAGUGGUUUUCAUUGGGUCUGCUCUGCUUGCCCUGCAACAAUUAUCUGGAAUAAAUGCCGUCUUCUAUUUCUCUUCAACGGUAUUCAGGAGUGCCGGAGUACCUUCAGAUAUUGCAAAUAUGUCUGUUGGGGUAGUGAACUUAUCAGGCUCAAUUGUUGCUAUGAUUUUGAUGGAUAAACUGGGGAGGAGGGGUCUUCUUCUUGGAAGUUUCAUGGGCAUGGCAUUGUCAAUGGCCAUGCAAGCAGCUGCAGGAAGUUCCUCUGUAGCGGGGUCUUUAGUCGUGUACCUCUCUGUUGGUGGUGUGCUAUUGUUUGUCUUAUCAUUCGCCAUGGGCGUGGGGCCAGUACCUGGGCUUCUCUUAUCAGAAAUAUUUCCAGGCCGAAUUAGAGCGAAGGCAAUGGCUAUCUGCAUGGCUGUACAUUGGGUUAUAAAUUUCUUUGUUGGUUUGCUAUUUUUGCGGAUGUUGGAGCAACUUGGGCCACUGAUUUUGUACACAGUUUUCGCAAGCUUUUGCUUGGUGGGAUUUUUCUUUGUCAGGAACAAUGUGGUGGAAACUAAAGGAAAAAGUUUGCAAGAGAUUGAGCUGGCACUCCUUCCAGCUCAGCUUAGUUAAUGGUCCAUACAUUCUUGGGUAGUAUCAUGUAGCUGUGGAAUUGUGUUUUUCUCCCGGAUUCAGCCCAUAGCCUUUUAGAGAGAGAUUAUCAGUGGAAAGUAUCUUUGAGGAACAUGCUUGAGGAGGGGCGCUUUGAGAGGAUUUAAGUUUAUCCGCUGGUUUUAUACUUUUAUAUGUAGUUGUUGACGUUGAGCUUGUUGAGGCUUCUAAUCAGUGGCUUAAAGGAACACUGCUCCAAGUUUUAGCUAACAAUUUAUAAAGGUUUGUUCUAGCGGAUAAUUAUUUGAUAGGUCAUUUUGAAUUUUGGUCUGUAUAUAACAGGGGAAAGUUCACGAUAAAACCACAUUAUUGGCUACUCAAGUACUUAUUAAUACAUUGAGACUUGAGAGGCUAUUUAAGUAUUACGAGUAAUUUUUUUCUUUUAGACCAUCAAUUUAUCGAAAUCGACUUAUAAGUCAAA